AUUCUGGAAAAAUUUGUCAACCCCGUUUUUGAACAACUUAUUACGAUUAUCGUUUUGAAGAACUAAGAAAAAAAAAAAAAAGAAAAAAAAAAGACGGCCUCCUUCCCUCCCUUUCCUUUGAAGACGAUUUUGUGCGCUUCCCACUUCUUCCACAGCCCGUUACACGCUUUCUUGUCCCACCCUCUCUUUUACUCAUGUCAGACCCUAGUGAUGAUCUGCCCUGGGAUGUCUGGGAAAAGUUGCGCAUUCUAGACUUGGAACUCCAUGAAGGCGACAUCACUCAGAAGGGUUACGAAAAGAAGAAGGCCCUUUUACUCAAGCCUUACACAAACGACUCACUUCCACCCGUACCGACUCAUGCUUCGGCAGUGGAGAAUGGGAGUGACGUUAACCUUCCCAUGUUUGCAGCGACCUCGAACGACCAUCCGCGCGAUAUCCAGUCUCCCUCGAUAAAGUCGAUUUCCAAUGCCACGGAUCCUGAGACGCAGCAUUCCACCGACGACAAUAAUGCCUUUCACAGCGAAGACUUGGAGUACAACGAGCUUGGCGAACCUAUCGAUCUUGGUCCCGAACCAAGUGCCGCGGAUGUGGUUGAUUUUCUCGAUUAUCUACCAUCCCCCACCCACUCGCCUACACGUACCAACACCGCCGCAUCCUCUUCCUCUUACUUUGAUUUGCAGCUAAAGGACCAGGAAACCGCUUCACGAUCGAUGUCACCGUCAAUGGCGGCGACUCAGCCAGCUGGCAUGCCAUUGUCCGGAUCAUCGACCAAUUUGACCAUGUUGAAUCAGUAUCGUCCGUACCCAUCCCAGCAACCACCACUACCACCCACUUUACAACAACCGCCUUGGCCGCAACCCAUGCCUCCUACGCAUCCCGUCACCGGGCUACCUAUGCGUCCUGCCAAUCGGCCAAUGUAUGACAACCGAAUGCCUCCUCGACAACCGUAUCCAGGCGCCGGUCCACCCCCGCCCGCUCACGGAUCCGCAUCGCUUCAGCAUUUCGGCCAACCUCCACCGCAACCACGGUAUAUGAUGCCCGGUUAUGCUCCGUCCAAUGCUUCUGGUAUCUACAGUCCAGGUCCCAUGUAUCGCCCGUUGCCUUCGUCAGCGGGCCAACCCUACGCACUUCAAAAUCCAAACACGCCUUCUAUAUCAGGUAAUUCUGUCGCCAACUAUCCGUUGCCUCGACCCAAUCGACUUCCCAUCAAUGGAACCAACGUCGAUCCUUCUCUAUUGCACCACAAUCCAGGCAGACCUGUACCACCUCCCGUAGCCGUUCCACCGGAUCCGUCCAUUCCUCAAGACAUGAUCACCUCACCCAUUCGUCAGCAAGCCUUUCAAAACGAACUUGAUUGGGGUAAGUUUGUCGAUCUCUGGAGGAUGUCUGUAAGAAGAGGCAGGGAGAGAACUUCCAUGGCUCAGAUUUUGGAAGGGGGUGUUGGGAGACAGGCUUAACGGGCUCGAUGAGAAUGCGCGAUCAACCGUCUUGUUAAUACCUACUUUUUUUCUUAUU